AUGCUCCCUGUGCAGGCACAUGUGCCUAAGGGUGCAGCAGCAGCGUCUCAACGACGUCUUUUUGUCGUGCUGGAACAGGCCUGCUUGGAAGCUUACCGUAUCUCGAGUGGGAGUGCGAAGGGCGGCAGGCAUGGUAAGGGAGGCGAGGGCGACGUCAAGUAUACCUUGCUCAACUGCGACGACCACCAGGGUAUCCUCGCCAAGACAGGAAGAGACAUUGCAGAUGCUAGGCCCGAUAUUACUCACCAGUGUCUGUUGACUCUCCUGGAUUCGCCCUUAAACAAAGCUGGCCUUCUUCAAGUGUACAUCCAUACAGCGAAAGGCGUGCUCAUCGAAGUCAAUCCGCAUGUCAGAAUACCGAGGACGUUCAAGCGAUUUAGCGGGCUGAUGGUCCAACUACUCCACAAACUGUUUAUUCGUGGUGUCAAUGGUCCAGAGAAGCUAUUAAAAGUCAUCAAAAAUCCCGUCCGCCUUUCACAAUACCUACCCACGCUACCUCAGACUCAUAACAUUGCUGUUUUCGUGGGAGCCAUGGCUCGUGGAAGGGAUGACUUUGCGGAUGCCUACGUCGACGAAAAAAUAGGUAUCAGCGAGUACCCACUGAGUGCUAGUGUUGCUUGCGGCAAGUUCUGCUGUGCACUCGAAGAGCUCUGGGACAUCGUUUGAUCGCCUUCAUCUAGACACAAAGAAUACACGG